AUGUUUGUCCACGACAGAGAGAGGAUGAACAACCUCAACUACAUCUACAACAAUGGCGAUGUGGAAUAUGAUUGUGUUGGUGCCAUUGAUGGUACUCAUAUCACAUCGAAGGUGUCAACAAUCCACUCUCUUGCUUACAGAGGGAGAAAGCACUACACCAACCAGAAUGUGCUUGCCGUUGUGGACUUUGAUAUGAAGUUCACAUAUGUGCUUUCUGGGAGGGAAGGAUCGGCCCAUGAUGCUACCAUUUUGGCUGACAGUUUGGAGAGAGCUGAUGGCCUGAAGGUCCCUGAGGGUAAGUUCUACUUAGUUGAUGUCGGCUAUGCUUGCCACCCUGGUUUUCUCCUACCCUUCAGGUCAACAAGGUACCACCUCAAUGAGUUAUUUACAAGGUUCUACCCCAAGAAUGCCAAGGGACUCUUCAAUCUUAGGCACUCUAGCCUCAGGGUCACCGUCAAAAGGGCAUUCGCAGCUCUGAAGAACAGAUUCAAGAUCCUUGACCAGAAGCCUUUCCACACUUUCUCCACCCAGGUAAAGCUAGUGCUGGCUUGCUGCAUUCUGCAUAACUGGAUCUUAGGCUGGGGUGUUGAUUCACUCUUCCCCGACGAGAAUGAGGUCCACCCUGACGAGAUUGAUGUUGGCCAUGGUGUUGUUGCCACUGACAACAUGGCUUGA